AUGUCAUUCAGUCCUCAGAACUAUGAAUCAAGCUCGUCCACGACAAAGUCGACGUCUCCAGCCCAUACGGCCGCCCAGUCGGCUAACCUCGCUUCUCCCCCGUCGUCAGUCGCCAUGCAGCCACACUCGGUCUCUCAGUCGACUGUAACGACGUCCACCUCCUGCCCAACUCCAGCUAGUAGUACUAGCGGUCUCGCAAGAGAUGGAUCUGAUGGCCCAGGCGCGAUCGCCGCGUCAUUUGCCGACGGAAAGAUCCCUUUCGAGACACUUGGAAGCGACACGAAACCUUUGGCGCAUGACCACCACAAUAACGAGAAGAGUAUUGAUACGCAGAAACCGUCCUCUAACGAUAGUAAUGAUCAUGAUCCUAUGGAUAUUGACCUGAAAGAAGGAGCUGGCCUGUCAGAAGAACCAAGUCUAGAGUCUCUCCAGCGAGACGUUGGAGAGGCAAUAGGCCUCUGCAAAUCCUCCUACACCUCGACUCUGCCAGUUCCCAAGUUCGAUAUCGUAUCCCUCUACGGCCUUGGACCUAUAGCUGCCUCGGUCGCUCGCACAGAUCCCGUAACAGGUGAGAAGAUAAAUCGGCUACGGAAGUCUUACGAAGGGAAGAUCAAGGGUUUGGGUCUGGCUGGUAGAAAUAAGCCAGUUAAACAAGAACCGGGUGCCCCUGGUGGACUACGGAAUUUAAUGAUGUGGCCUGAUGAAGAAUGGUACAACCAAAAGGUUGCGGGCAAGGAGAUCACGAUCGCGGAGCCGGAUACCGCAUUCUACAAGCAACAACUCAGAGCUAUGAAAAUGGAACCAGGUAUUACGCCAAGAAAUGAAUAUUGGGAAGACGUACUCGGGCACGAAAAAUCAUCGAAGAAUGCUGCUGAGCAGUUACCGAAGAAACCAGGCUCUAGCUCCUUCAAAAACACUCCUCAAAGCAACGGUACACCUGCGGCUCAAGCCUCUUCUGCGACAGUUGCGCCAGAUCCGGGUCGCCCCAAACGUGCAGGCCGCAAAAGAAGCUACCACGACAGCAGCUUUGUCGGGUAUGGCGAAGGAUUUCCCGAUGAUGAUGACUUGGAAGGCUCUCUCUAUUCCAAUGAUGAUGACGGGGGCAGCGUAGGCAAGAAAAAACGAAAGAAGAUGGUUCGUUCUUCCUGCAUGUUUAUUGUCCUACCUGUUCUUGGAUACCUACCUUUUUAUACUCUUUGA